UGUUGAUGGAAUCAUGGUUGGCGAUUGUACAGCUGCACGAGAAAUUGUGAUUCGUAGAAGAAAUAAUAAUCUUCAGUUCAUUGCUGACACACAUCGUUCAUAUGAAGCUCUCCAAUAUCCGCUAAUAUUCUGGAAGGUACAAGACGGAUAUUGCAUAAACAUAAAACAACGAGAUCCCGUAUCAGGAGCUGAAACAAACAAGAACGUUAGCUCAAAGGAUUAUUAUGCGUACCGAUUAAUGAUUAGACGUGGCCUGGACAACGUCAUUUUACGAUGUCGUGAGCUUUGUCAACAAUUCAUGGUCGACAUGUACGCGAAGAUUGAGAGCGAACGACUACGAUACUUACGAUAUAAUCAACAAAAGCUGCGCGCGGAAGAGUACAUUCAUUUGCGAGACGCUAUCAACAACAACGCCGACGUCGCCGAAAUUGGUAACCAUGUCAUUUUACCAUCAUCGUACGUAGGCAGUUCACGUCAUAUGCAAGAAUAUAUACAGGAUGCUCUGACUUUCGUGCGCGAAUAUGGACGACCAUGUUUAUUUAUCACGUUCACAUGUAAUCCAAAAUGGCCAGAGAUUACAUCUUUGCUACUGCCUGGCAAAAAAGCAAUACAUCGCCAUGACAUUACAGCACGUGUGUUCAGACAAAAGUUGAAGUCUUUAAAUAAGUUUCAUUACUAAAUCACAUGUAUUUGA